CCUCCCAGCCGCCCUGCCCUCCGCGGCCUUGCGCCCGCCGACACUGCCGGACAGCCCGUUGCCGGACAGCCGACAGAGGAUGCGACGCAGCGCAGCUCAAGACGAGGUUUGACAUUGGCGAUGAAUCAGUAUCAAAACGGAUGUUCUGACAGAAAUCGUUUUCAGUGUUCUAAGAGCCAAAGCAUCUAGGCUGGAUGGAAUUUAGCAUCAGAAAAAGUCCUCUUUCUGUUCAGAAAGUUGUAAAGUGCAUAAAGAUGAAGCAGGCACCAGAAAUCCUUGGCAGUGCAAAUGGAAAGACUCAGAACUGUGAAGUGAAUCACGAAUGUUCUGUAUUCCUCAGCAAAGCUCAACUUUCUAACAGCCUGCAGGAGGGGGUCAUGCAGAAGUUUAACGGCCAUGAUGCACUUCCCUUUAUUCCAGCUGAGAAGUUGAAAGAUCUUACUUCCCGUGUGUUUAAUGGUGAACCUGGUGCUCAUGAUACCAAGUUGUGUUUUGAGUCCCAGGAAGCGAAAGGAAUUGGGACACCACCCAAUACUACCCCUGUCAAAAAUGGCUCUCCGGAAAUUAAGCUGAAAAUCACCAAAACGUACAUGAAUGGGAAGCCUCUCUUUGAAUCUUCCAUUUGUGGUGACAGUGCUGUUGAUGUGUCUCAGUCAGAAGAAAAUGGACAAAAAUCGGAUAAUAAGGCUAGGAGAAACAGGAAGAGGAGCAUAAAAUAUGACUCCUUACUGGAGCAGGGCCUUGUGGAAGCAGCUCUAGUGUCCAAGAUCUCAAGUCCUGCAGAUAAAAAGAUUCCAGUUAAAAAGGAGUCCUGUACAAACACUGGCAAGGACAGAGACCACUCAUUGAAAUACAACGUGGGUGAUUUGGUGUGGUCCAAAGUAUCAGGUUACCCAUGGUGGCCUUGUAUGGUUUCUGCUGAUCCACUCCUUCACAACCAUACCAAACUUAAAGGUCAGAAAAAGAGUGCACGCCAGUAUCACGUACAGUUCUUUGGUGAUGCCCCAGAAAGAGCUUGGAUAUUUGAGAAGAGCCUUGUUGCUUUUGAAGGAGAAGGACAGUUUGAAAAAUUAUGCCAGGAAAGUGCUAAGCAGGCACCCACGAAAGCUGAGAAAAUUAAGCUGUUGAAACCUAUUUCAGGGAGAUUGAGAACCCAAUGGGAAAUGGGCAUUGUCCAAGCAGAGGAAGCUGCAAGCAUGUCAAUAGAAGAGCGGAAAGCCAAAUUCACUUUUCUCUAUGUGGGGGACCAGCUGCAUCUCAACCCUCAAGUGGCUAAGGAGGCUGGCAUUGCUGUGGAGCCUUUGGGAGAAAUAACAGACUCUUCAGGGGCCAGUGAAGAAGCUUUUGCAAACUCCAGCUCCAUGAAAGAAGAGGGUGUUCCCAUGAAGAGAAGGCGAAGAGCUAAACGGUCUAGUUCUGCUGAGAACCAAGAAAGUGACCCUGGCACAGAAAAGAGUACUCCUCAAAAGAUGGCAGAGGCUAAUCCCAAGAGAGGAAUAGGAUCUCCUCCUGGGAGGAAAAAGGCCACCACUUCUACUCCACGGAGCAAGAGAGGAGAUGCAGCAUCCCAGUUUUUUGUCUUUUGUCAGAAGCACAGGGAUGAGGUUGUUGCUGAGCACCCGGAUGCCUCAGGUGAGGAGAUUGAAGAAUUGCUUGGAUCCCAGUGGAACAUGCUUAAUGAAAAACAGAAAGCACGCUAUAACACAAAGUUUGCCCUUGUGACCUCUGCCCAGCCUGAAGAAGACUCUGGUAAUAUGAGUGGGAAAAAGAGAAACCAUGCAAAGAGGACAGAGGACCCUCCAGAAGAUAUAGAUGUUGACGAUGCACCCAGAAAAAGACUCAGGACAGACAAGCACAGUCUUCGGAAGAGAGAGACAAUCACUGACAAAACGGCCAGAACAAGCUCUUACAAGGCCAUAGAAGCAGCUUCCUCGCUCAAGAGCCAGGCAGCAACGAAAAAUCUGUCUGAUGCAUGUAAACCACUGAAGAAGCGAAAUCGGGCUUCCGCAGCAGCAUCUUCAGCUCUUGGGUUUAGCAAAAGUUCAUCUCCUUCUGCAUCCUUAACUGAAAAUGAGCUUUUAUGGGAGCCCACAUCAGUCAAGUUGGACUUGAACUCAUCCGCCCUGUACUGCACUUAGAAUGAUGUAAUACCCCAAGAUGUCUGCUGCAGGUGGUGCAUCAUCGUAUACACUAAGUGACAUUUCUAUCACAAUCAUUUUAUGGAAGAUGUGUGAUAAUCUGUUUUUACUGGUAUUAAUAAACACAUACAAUGAAGAAAACAGAUAAAAAAUUUUAAGACCAAGGUAAGAUACCUAAUCAAGGCCAUGUAAUCAAUCACAUUCAUCUCAUAAUAGAAACACAUUCAUAUUCAAUAAUCAACCUAGACUUCAAGUUGAAAAGGAGGCCCUUCAAUCGAGGCUGUCCCAGAGCUGCAACAAUGACACCACAUUGAAGGGAUAAUCCUGUUAGAGGUCAUUUUUUUUCCUCUAGUUCAUAAUUUAAUGAAUUUUUAUGGAAAAAUGUUAGUAUCUGCUCCUUUAGAAACAAACAGGACACGUUAAGGGUCCUUUGUCAAGUAUCCUCAUUGCCAAUGAAAUGUAUUCAAUACUGUAGAUAUUAAACUAAUUUCCAACAUAAAAGGCAGGAAGAGUUUUGAUUCUGUCCUUUUUUACUCAACAGUUUUACUAUGACACUAGACACAAUAAAUUUUUAGGAAAAAAUACCAUUUACAGUAUCAUUGUGAACCAUUAAACUCUUGAUUCAGUGACUGAUGUCUAGAGAAUGCCAGUCAGGUUAUUUACACCAACCAUAUUGUCAGUUGCUUUGGUAGAACAUCAGCAUCAUGUUUUAAGUGUUGUGGUCUUGGGUGCCCAGCUGGGAGCAUACCUAGGCGCCCGCAUGUUGCAUGGGAGGAAAGGCCCCACUUGCCCUCGGUUCAAGAAGCAGAGCUUGUGCUGUACACAGGGCAUGUGAAUGGUGCCCAGGCCAAUCCCAACAGACUCCUCAGUGUUCAACCUGUGAUGAAAGUUUCUGAGUAAUACUUUUGUUCCAAACCAUUACGUAAUGUAAUGCAUGUACAAUAUGUAGGGUGCCUGGCAUCUUGCAAAGACUCAGUGGUUCACUGUUGUGACAGUAGUGGUUAUAACAAUAAAAAUAAUAAAAUCAACAUCAUUCCAUUUUUAUCCAAAAGUAUAAACUUUGCUUUGGCAUGAAAAGUGAUCCUCUUGACUGCAUCAUGCAUGUGGGGAUAAAAUAAACCCAGAAGUGGCAGAACCCUGGCUCUGAUUGUGUGACACAGAGUGCUAGACUGUGAGGCUGUGAAUUGGUGUGUCACUCAGCUGGUUCUGCUUGAAUGUAAUGGGAGAUGUGACCUCAGAAAUGGCCUAGGAGCAGACUUAGUUGUGCUAUUAAAAGACAUGAAAAAUCCCAGGUAAAUUUAAAAUUCUAAAAAUGCUAUUUUUAAAUAUGAAGAAAUUACGGUAUAGAAAAGUUUCUGAUUCAGGAAAUUAUCUCUCAUAGUAAAGAAACUAGCCUGAAAAGCUUUGAGCAAGAAUGAAGGGAUUUCAUUUGAAAUUAGAGCAUGGUGAAUUUUGAGUGAGUGGUGGCCAGAUAACAGAUAAUCUGUACAGAUACAGCAGUAGUCAGCCAGAGGACAGGUGAUUUGCUCUAUGACAGCAGGGAGGUGAGGACUUCAGAACCAACUGAUGGUAUAUAGUGCAUCAUCUGAGUACAGAGGGAGUGAGGGAAACAAGGGUAGGCAUUACAAAAUAUUCUUCAACUGAAUAGGAACAUAUGGCAGUGGUAGGGUAGUUAGCCUACUACAAUGAGAAGGAUAGUCCUACACAUGGUAGAUUUUUCCUGCUUCAAAGGCCAGCAGAAGUUUGACAAUGGAGGAACAAAGUUCCCACGAGGGUCAGUUUUUGGCCGCCUUAAGGUGAUGGAUGGCAAAGAGACUUUUUAAAAAGAGCUUAGGAAGGAACAAUAGCUUGUCUGCCGAGUUUAUAAAAAUUAUGCUACAAAUUCAUUAUGCUACAACUUUACUGUGGAGUCCUUCAUUGCCUAAAAAUGGCAAAUAACAAGUAACACUACCUGUCUUGUCUUAUCCAUUUGACUUUUAAACCAUCAUUUGUGUACCAUGCUAGCCUGGCAAGGGGAGGUAACUCUCGUGUAUAAAACUUGGAUUCAAGAGGUGAAGACUUGUUUGAAUGUAUGAAAGUUUCCGAUUGUAGCUGUUUUAACAGCGAGUCCUCUGUUGCACAGAGCAGCACCUCAGGGAGUACAUGUGCUGAAUGGAGGCCUAGUGCCCAGCAGCCAGGUCUUUUAGGUGCUUCUGAAUCAGCCUUCUGCCUCCCUAGUGACUUUUUCCUCAGUUGAUAAAAAUGAAUGUUGUCUUUUGAUCAUUUGGGUAUAGUUGCCAUUCAAGACUCACUUCUUUAGCACUAAUAAAAUCUGUUUAUAUGUGUAUUUCCCAAUUAUAAUCUCUGGUAUUUUAAGAGUUUACCCAAAAAACAACAAGAAAUCUUAGCAAAAUUUCUUAAGGAAAUAAAGUUUUACAGGAUCUAAAGUAGGAGGUGGAGCUGCAAAAUGCAUGAGGGAGUGUUUGCUGGCUACCUCUGAGAAGGGACAGCCUACUAGGUGGAACAGAGAAACUUCUAGAUCCACAGUAUCCUAAGGCCCGUCUCAGCCCAAAGUAUAUCUGAUUCUGGUACUUUAUUGUGAUAGUUCAUCAGAAGCACAGGAAGAUUUAAAAGACAGUUCUUUAGAAGCCGGACCAGGGAUUGGGCUUUUUCAUUAGCGGCAGAACAUGCCACAAGAAAAGCAAGGGAAAACAGUAAAACCUAAGCUACGAGUGAGAGGACUGUAACUCACACACUGAACUCAAGGUUGGUGCCUGCAGCCUGUAGGCUGGCCAGAUGGUCAAGGUGACUGCCACCUGUGAAAGGUCUGUCACUGAAAUGUCCUGCAAAGAAGGAAAUCAAGGUUAUAACUUAAUAUCUAGCUCUUCAAAAAAUAGUUGUUUCUGUGUGUGAAAUUAAAAUGAUUAAACAGUUCUCUUGAGAAUGGUCUCACAUAUAUUCUGGGGUACAGGGCAGGACUGGAUUGUGCUGUGCUAUCCUCCAACACUGGUAUACAUCCUAUUUAAGCCCCUGGUUCACUCAGUCCACUUGAGCAGAACUAGGAACCCUGGAUGAGUAGUUCUUUGCUGGCCUCAGUCACUUUAUGAGGGCCUGAGAUGCCCCAUGAGGCUGCAGUUCCCAUUUGUGGGUGAUGCCUAUCUAUUAGUUGCAAUUGAGCAUUGAGGUCAUUAAGACUUUGUAAGUUUGCUUCCAUCCUGUGUCAUUGAUUGUAAGGGACCACAUUUCUUUCUCACUCACAUCCAGAUGUGUAAGUUACUGAGCCACAUUAUGUCCUGCUGUCCAAGUGGACUUCAAUAAAGGGACCAAGUUAGGGCCCUUUGGAUCCAGUUGAUACAUUCAGCAUCUUAUGAUUUUAAAAUCGGGCAUUUCAUUACCUCAGUUCUUAAACAUCUAGAAAUAGAAAAAGUAAUCAGCAAGGCCUGUAGUUAUCUCUUACAUGAUAAAUAUAAAUUGUCUUUUCCUGGAGAAACUCAGAAGGGCUUUCCUAACACGUUCUCAAAGCUUUUACUGCUUCUUACUGACUUCUAAGGCUUUUGGGGUUUUGCUUUUGUUUUUAAGAAAUACAUUACUUCCUGUAUAUUUUAGGAGUUUUGGUGAUUGAAAUUGAUUUUGGUAUUUUAGCUACUGUUUUUAUUAUUUUAUGGAAAAUAUUAGAAAUUUUCACUAAUUUACCUGCCAGUGAUGGAAAAUGAACUGUCCUUUGCAGAUAGGAAAGUGCAUGUUUCCUUGUAAAGCAGGGGUGAGGGGCAUGGUCUCUGGGGCAUUUUCACCAGCAAGGGAGUCCUCAGAACAACCUGAUGGGCCUCAUCUUGUCAGAUUCCUGUGUGCUAUAUCCACAUUUAUAAUUCUUUUCUAGUCUUAUGUAGUUGUUGGGAUUUUUACAUAUAACUCUUUAGAAGUAUUUUGGACAUGCUAGCCAUCCAGGGGCGUUCUGUUUUCAAGAAAUGAUGGGUGGAAUGGGGUCCUGGUCUGGCUGCAGGAGCAUUAUGUAGCUGCAUGAGCCAAGGGAGCAGGCAUACUGGUGGCACUUCUGUUCUCAAGCCCUCCAGGUGAGGAUGCAUGCCCAUGACUGCAGCUGGCUGGACCAGGCCCCACCUCAGCCCACUCCCAGGGGGUAGCUGCUACUGGGAACACAGCUGGGUCAGUAGGACUUUGAGAGACCCACUUUAUCUUUGACAAGGGCAGGCCUUUAAGGGAGUAAUAGCUGUGUAAGCUGACCCUGGCCACAAGUCCCCCUUGAUCUUUGCUGUCUCUUACUCAGGCUGUCUGACUACACAGAGGCCAACAGGCGUAGAUUAGAUGAAUGUGAAGCACAAUGAUAUUCUGUGAAUUAGAAAAUUUUCAUGUAUUCAAUAACUCACCUGGCUUUAAAUUAGGAACAGCUAGGAAGGUUCUACUCUGUAUAACCUAGAAGGGUCAUUUUAAUAAAAUAUAUUUUAGAUGAUGGUUGACUUCUUUGAAAAUUAUUUUAAUUCUACUCUAAUACUUCACUGUGAUGUUAACUUGAAAGACCUGCUUGAGAUUAGUCUUUUAAUUUUAGACUCUAUAUCUGCUGAGCACAGGAUUCUUAUCAUUUGUAAAUCCAAAACAUUCUGUGAACGUACUUCUGUGCUUCUUCAUUUAUGAAAGCAUAACUUAAACAUGAAAAUAAUGUUGGUUUAUAGAAAUAUUUAUUGUUCAAGGUCUGUAAUUGUAUUUUAAAAUGAUGUAGUAUUCAACUUGUGAAGGGAUUUGUUUUGUCAAUUAAAAACUCAAUAUGUGUAUUAGCCCUUGAAAGGGGAGGGAGCUGUUUUGUGGCCACAGUGGGGUAGACUCCAGCUGCAUUCAUUGAAUCUUCUUGGUGACCAUAUAGCUCCUAGCAGUGGGUUGGAAGGUGUCUACCAGGUCACAUGAUGUUUGGUAAUGCCAUCUUAAAAGUCCCUGUAAUAGAUGGAGACUGCAUUUCCUGUCCCUUAAGGAAUGUGUGUCUGAGGCAGAAAGGCAAUUUGGUACUAUCACAUACUGAGUAGAGAGUGGAAUAAGUAUUGACAGGUCAAUAAAAUAUUGGAAAGUCAGGAACUAAGCUACUUGGAAAUCAUUGCCACAUUGUGGCCUUGGUGGACACAGGAAACCACAGGAAAGUUCUUGACAGUCCGUCCCAUCAGUCACUGCACUUUUCUUUUCUCAAAUACAUCCAGUUGGAUAUGGAAUAGAUUAUAGAUGUUGUAGACUGAGAUCUGGGACUAUAUUGGGAUCGUACAGGUGAUAUGUCACUUCCACAAAUGGCAUCUCCAAGUAAGCUGUCACCUGGUACGCGUGGAGGUGGAGCCUGAAGCUGGAGUGAGGCGCACACUCGGCUCUUCUUGCAAGUGGUUUGCUGAGCAGAGAGCCGAGGGACCCUCCUGACUGGCUAGAGGUCCGCCCACUCAUGGGGGAGGGUGUGGCGGGUGAAGGUGGAAUCUUCUACAAUCUGUCAUGGACUGUGAUAUUGUAAGGUCUAUAUUCUGUAUGUGGAUUUCAGACCCAAUCAGGAAACGAGCCUUAUGUGUGUCGUUGACAUUUAUAUUUCCAUUCAAAAUAUGUAUUCAGUGUUUAUUUCUUCAAAACAAACUUUGUUAAUUUAGGAAAUAUCUCCAAGUGGAAACGUGCUAACUUUCUGUAAAUCUUAAAUAAAAGGUGCUGUUCCUUCCUCUGA